AUGAUGAUAAGAGUAAAGAAGGAAGCUCCUGCCCCUCCCAAAGCUAAAGCCUUGAAAGUUAAGAAGGCAGUGCUGAGAGGCAUCCAUGGCCACAAAAAGAAGAACAACAAGUCACCCUCCUUUCAGUGGCCCAAGACCCUGUGACUCCAAAGGCAGCCCAAAUAUCCUUGAAAAAGUGUACCCAGGAGAAACAAGCUUGACCAAUAUGCCAUCAUCAAAUUUCCCCUAACCACUGAGUCAGCCAUGAAGAAAAUAGAAGAUAACAAUACACUAGUGUUCAUUGUGGAUGUCAAGGCUAACAAGCACCAGAUCAAACAGACUGUAAAGAAACUCUAUGACAUUGAUGUGGCCAAAGUCAAGACCCUAAUAAAGCCUAAUGAAGAGAAGAAGGUGUAUGUCCAGUUGGCACCUGAUUGUGAUAUUCUGGAUGUUGCUAACAAGAUUCGGAUCAUCUAAACAAAGUCCAGCUGGCUAAUUCUAAAUAUACACCUUUUUCACCAUAAAAAAAUUAAUGUUGGUUAUUGGUUUUUUUUUAUGUUGCCUUUAUUGUGUUUAGGAAUGUGCCUGUAUCCCUGAUCUCUUCAAGACUUUAAACAUGAAGGGGUAUUUUAUUUUGUCAAAGGACUUUUCAAAAUGUUAUGAGAUGAUUGUAUGGGUUUUUUUCUUUCAGUUUGUUUAU